AUGACGCAGCAGUUUUUACUUGUAUUAUUUUCCUUACUAACUAUAUGUAAAAUCAAUGGUGACAAUCCAUUAAAAGAAUCUUUUACCAACCAUAAAAGACAACUUCAUGGUACUACGAAUGAUUCAACAACAUCGGUCAAUAUUUAUUCAAAUUUUGCUGAAAUUACUCGUAAGAUUAGUGCCAGUGAAUUACCUGUUGAAUUUAGUGAAGAUGAAUGGCAAAAUAUACGUUCAGAUACAAUUACAUUAUAUGGUACAAAUAUCAAUAUUACGUCACAAACAUUAACAGAAAAGAAAAAGUCAUUAAAUGGUGAAAAAAUUUAUCUACGUCGUUCACAUGGUGGUAAAACUCAAAUUGUUGAAGUAAUAAUGAUUGAUGAAAAACAAAAUCUUGUUCAAGAUAUGUCAACAAAACGCUAUUUUAGAUUAUUGAAUAGUGAUAAAGUUGAAUAUACAUCUUUACCACCAACACAAAAAUACAUUGUUUCAUUUACAUAUAAUAUUAAACAAAAUAUUACAGAUCAAGGAUGGUAUUUAACUUAUCUUAGAUCAAAUUUAAAUUGGAAAACACGUUAUAAUUUAUUUUUACAAGAUGAAGAACAACCACCACAAUUGAAUUGUCUUGCCGAUAUACGAAAUGAUGGUGAAAACACUGUUGCGAUUAAAUCAGCUGAAUUGUUAGCCGGUGAUAUUAAUAUUCAAAUUAGUAAUAAUGAUGGUUCAAGUAAUGGAUCUCCAGAGGCUGGAUCUGGUUCAUCGAGCGGUAAUACUCCUUCAUCCCCGCCAGUAAUUUCCAUACCAAAAGAAUCAGCUGGUAUCUAUGCGUUUUCUAUUGAUAAACCAUUUACAAUUGAAGCAAAAACAAAUUAUAUUUUACCAAUGUCUCAACCAACAGUUAAAGUUGACCAGUUUUGUUCAAUUAAAAAAUCAUUUUAUCCAUCAAAUAAUGGUGGUAAUGCUCAACGUUCAUAUCGUCUACGUAGUGAUCAGUUCUUAUCAAACGGUGAUGCACUUAUACGUGCAUUUGGUAGUUUAGUUGGCGAAGCUUAUUGGCCUGAUAUAGCAGCCAAUGACGACUAUGAAUUUUCUGUUGGUGUUGAUCCUGAUGUUGUGUAUAUAGAAAAUGUAGUAUUACUUCCAUCUAAAGUGUUGAAUAAUACAUCAGCAAAACCACAAUAUUCUGGAAGUGAUGUAACUACUGUUAGACAGUUAUCAUAUGAUAUAAACUUAAAAUUAAAAAAUUUUAAAAAACGUCUAGUUAAAGUUGAAUAUACUCUACAAUUUGAUGGAAAACAAUUCAUGAUACAAGGAAAAACUUCCUUUAUACAAGUUGGGACAGAAAUUCAAGGAAACUUUACGUUAAAUGGAGGUGAAGAAAAAGAUUAUAAAUUUAAAAUUAACACUAUAGAAUAA